GAGGCGGGAGCGCGAGAACCAGUCGAAGGUGCUGGCCAGCAAGGGCCGGGGGAUGAACCUCUACGUCAAGAAUCUGGGCGAGACCACCGAUGACGCGGCGCUGCUUGCGCUCUUCGAGCCCUUCGGCUCUGUCACCUCGGCGCACGCCCCGAGGGACGAGCGAGGGCGUGCCAAGGGAUUCGGCUUCGUGACCUUCUCGAACUCCGAGGACGCAACCAAGGCCGUCACCAACAUGCACCUCAAGGUGGUGCACGGCAAGCCGCUGUACGUGAGCCUCGCGGAGAAGCGCGAGGCCCGCCAGGAGCGUCUGCGGCAGCUGCACGCGCAGGGGGCGGCGUCCGGCUGCGGCAAAGGC